AUGUCUAACUGGACGCAAUUGCGUGGUCAUAAAUAUCAUUUUCUUCAGGCUCAUUUUGAUCCGGAAGAUUCACUCCAUGUUAUGAAAAUUUCCAUAACUGAUCUUACAAGGCUAUGGGGAUGUACAUAUUCGAAGGAUCAAACCAUUGAGCAAGCAGAGAAACAACGAUGUCCAAUUGACCCUUUCGAAACUUUUGAUACACUAAUCGAACUACUCAGCGAAACACUUUUGAACGUCUCGUCAGAAAGCCAUGUUAGUUUAAAAGAAACAAAAUCUGACGAGUGCAUUUCUUUAUUCUGUAAAAUCAAAGUAACAAAAGACAUUCAGCUCGAUUGGAAAUGGACUCUUCGACUACAGCCGGCAGAAGCAAUGUCCAAACUAAUUUGGUUUCCUCUCACUUUCCACUUACUUUCUUCCGAAGUACGUGCUCCAGCCGGAUCUUUAUUAUCAGUUGUCCAAGACAGGUCUCAACAACUUCAAGAUCAGUCCUGGAUUGACAGAGCUGCAGCAGAACGCUCAGCAAAAUCCACCCCUUCAACACCAAAAAAACGUUCAGCUUUCGUCGACCUUAUAUCUCCUAAACGUUCACGAACAAAUUAUGACUUUAUUGGAUAA